CACAAACGGCAGAGUCUGCAGCCAUGACUUUACUCUGCCAUCUACUAUGAAGUUCAUCUCUUCUUUGUCAUCAUGUUCCUUUUUUUCUUCCUGAUGUACUCUGGAAACUAAGCACAGGGCUUCAGAGCAGAAAACAACUUUGGAUAGGAUGGCAGUCCAUGAAAAGUGCAAACUCACUGACCUUACUAGACGUUGUUGGCCUGUGUAAAGAAAAGACUUGGUCCUCAGUGGAAACCCAUAUAAUACAACAAAGCCAUAAAAACUAAAAGACAGAAAGGCCAUAGAAUGAGAGCUGUGGAAUGGAAGCUGUUGAGCAGAAAGAUUUCUUUAUUAGCAGGAGGUACAAUUUGACAUGGGCCUUUGUUCUUCUGAUUGGAUGUUACCUGGCUUUGCUGUACCCUGUUUAUUUCCCAAGGCAGAAAAUUAUUUGGAGAAAAUACAUGAAAGAACGCCAACUCAAUGAGGUGUUGCUGAAUCAUUCAGCAGAGCUCCUAAAUCAGCCCUGUCGCCUAAUGUGGAGCCAAGCAAGGCUGAGAGAAUUGUAUUCUGUAAAGCUUACUCCUGUAGUUCCAGUGUUCCUGCAAAUGCAUGAUGUUGGGAGUACUCAAUCAGGUCUAGAUAAGUUUCUGACGCCUUUUGGCCUCAAAGGCAAUACAAAAUUAGCUAUUAAAGCCUUACAAGGACUUCCUCACACCAGUUUAACUCCUGAGCUGGUCAGCAGAACCUGCAAACGCUGUGUAGUUGUUGGGAGUGGAGGAGUGUUACACGGAAGCCAACUUGGUAGCCAUAUUGACAGGCACAAUAUCAUCAUUAGACUAAAUGAUGCGCCAGUGACUGACUUUGAGGAAGAUGUUGGCUCACGAACAACUAUUCGCCUCACCUAUCCAGAAGGAGCCCCAAAGUCCCCUAAAGAGUACAGUAACAACACCCUCCUUGUCAUAGCCAUUUACAAAAGUGUGGACCUAGCCUGGUUCUCCAGCAUGGUAAAUAAACAGACACUGGGAUGGUGGACCAAACUUUGGUUUUGGAAAUCAGUAGUUGAAUCUGUUCCAAUUAAAGCAGAGAAUUUCCGAAUCCUAAAUCCCAAGAUUAUCCUUGAGACAGCUCUGCAACUUCUACAAUAUCCAGAACCCAACAAUAUGAUGACUGCAUUUUCUCAGGUUCCAACUAUAGGGAUGACUGCCGUAAUUGCAGCAAUAAGACUGUGUGAUGAGGUCAGUUUGGCUGGCUUUGGCUACAGUCUCGAGCAACCUGAUGUGCCUCUACGUUAUUAUGAUACAGUGCGCAUGGAUGCAAUGAAGGUACAGCCAAUACAUGAUGUGGAAACAGAAAAGAUCUUCUUAAGAACUCUUGUUCAUGCAAGGGCAAUAAAUGAUCUGUCUGGUGGUAUCAGCUAGUAAACCUGUUGUUCCAGUUUGUGCCAACUUCAGUAUAUUUGAUAUUUAUGUUUAAAAAACAAAACAAAACAAAAAACA